AUGACCAUUCCCUCGACCGAAUCGCUCGAGGCCGAGCAGGCGUCAUUUGACGCCACCGUCCGCGACAUUGAGGCCUGGUGGGCGACGCCGCGCCAGCAGCAUGUGCAGCGGCCGUGGACAGCACGCACCGUCGCGGCCCUGCGCGGCUCGCAGACGCUGCCGUGCGUGUCGUCGCCGGCGGCCCUCAAGCUGUGGGCGCUCCUCAAGGACCACCACAAGAACAAGACGUCCGAGCUCACGUUUGGCGCCACGGACCCCGUGGGCGUCAGCCAGAUGGCCAAGUACAUGCGCACCGUGUACGUGUCGGGAGGCCUCUCGGGGUUUUCCGAGAACGCGUACCCGGGCAUGGACCACGCCGACUAUCCCUGGGACACGGUGCCCAAGGUGGUCGACAAGAUCUUCCGGUCGCAGGUGUGGCACGACCAGCGGCAGCGGCAGUACCGCAUGUCGCUCCCCGCGUCGGAACGCGCCGCCGCCGAGCACUGGGACUACCUGAUGCCGAUUGUGGCCGACGGCGACAUGGGCUUUGGGUCGCUGACGGUUGGCAUGAAGGCCGCCAAGGCGCUGGCCGAGCUGGGCGCGGCGGCCAUCCACAUCGACGACCUAGCGCUAGGCCUCAAGAAGUUCACCACGGGCCAGGGCCGGACGGUCGUGCCGACGUCCGAGUACAGGGACCGCGUCAAGGCCAUCCGGCUGCAGCUGGACGUGCUGGGCGCCGAGACGCUGAUUUUUGCCCGCUGCGACACGGACCACGCCGAGUUCAUCACGAGCGUGGCCGAUGCGCGGGAUCACGCGUACGUCCUCGGCGCGACGAACCCGGCCUUUCUCGACAAACAGUACACGCUGCAGCAGGCCAUCGCGGCGGCCGCCCAGGCAGGUCAGUCGGCGGCCGACGCGCGCGCGUCGUGGAUGCAGGAGGCCGGCCUGGCGACGUUUGACGAGGCCGUUGCGGCUGCCGCCACCGCUGCCGGCGUGCCAGCAGACAAGGUGGCCGCGUACACGGCACGCACGGGCUACGGCACCUCGCUCCAGCAGCGCCGCGCGGCCGCCCAGUCUGUGCUCGGCCUCGACGUGCCCUUUGACUGGGAGCUCCCCCGCUCGGCGCAGGGCCAGUACCUCUUCCGCCAGACCGUGCAGACCAUUGUCGAGCGGGCCCUCGUGGUGGCGCCCCUCUCGGACCUCUCCUGGGCGCGCAUGGACCAGCCCAACUACCACGACCUCAAGGCUUACCACGAGGCCGUCACCGCCGCCCUCGGCCCCGACCGCAUGUUUGCCUUUGCCUGGGGCGGCGAGUGGCCGUUUCCCGCCAGCGCCGGCUGGACCGACGAGCGCCGCAAAGAGGCGUCCCAGAUCCUGUCCGACUGGGGCGUCGUCUGGCAGGUCCAGCCAAUGUACAUGAUCCAGGGCGUCAACAUGGAGAUUGAGCGGGCGGCGGCGCUGUGGACGGACGGCGGCAUGGGCGCCUACUACGAGCAGAUCCAGACGCCGGCCGUCACGCGCACGCCCUACAAGGUCGACGGCUACGAGAAGAUGACCUGGUGCGGCGGGCACCUGAGCGACGCCUUUUUCUCUGCCGUUGCCGGCGAGGAGAUUGCCAAGAAGUGA